UUUUUUCAUUCCUAGUGUACCUACUGUGGCAUCUCAAACUGCUUUGAAGCACAGCAACAGGCACGUGCUCACUCAUCUGGAGGUGGCCAUAUAGUAGAUUGAUGGGCAAUACAAGAAUAGUGUUGUCAUUCAUCAAAUGUUAAAUAUCCGAUUCCUAUAAAAACAGCAUGCACAUUGAGAUUAAUACAGGCUAAUUCUAGAGUCACAAAAUAGGUACACUCACCACUCCCCGGCACAGCUGCUUAUACGUGUAUUGGGGGCAAGAAAAUAGCAUCAGUGCAUUUUAGUUUCCUCAUUUUUCUGUAGAUUUCCUUCUCAGUGAUAGUAAGAGAAGUUAACAGGAAAAUUAGUUAGCCUGGCAGGAACUAUAAAUCAAAAUGAUUUUUUACAUGGAGACUUUUUUCAGACGGCAGGCCUCCCAUUCUUAUUAGCAGUGGUGACAUUUCUGUUCACCAAAACCACUGCAAGCCAAACCUAUAAACAAAAGCCGGUACUACAUACUUUAAAAACCCCUUUAAACUGCUUGGUGUCAACUGAAAGUAUUGACGUUCUUUAAAUAAUGAAUGAAAAGUCUGCUGAGAUGCUGGUCUAACACCAGACACAAACCAAAGUGCUUUUGUGAGCAAAGCUUGUCCUGCCUAGUAACAGUUGCUAGGUAGGAGAUUGUUUUAAGACAGCAAAAGGUCAGAUAAUGAAGCUUUUCUCAUCAUCUGUCUGCAUCAUGGGAUUGAGCUCCUCAGCAUUUGUGUUCCUAACCUGCAGGCGAAUCUUUUAGAUACCCUAAAAAAUAAUGGUGGAUGAUUCUAUGUUUUUACUGACCAGCACAUUUUCUGUGGAAGAAGUAAACCUUCUUUUACUGGCAAGAAUGAGGCCUGAUUUUAUUUCAACUAGAAUAUAAUUCUGACAUUUGAGUAACUUCCUUAAUUAGAUAAAACUACUUGAAUACAGCCAUGAUUAGGAAUCCAGAUUUAAACUCUUUUGUUUGCUGUGCCGUUUGUUCAAAAAUUAUACCACCACCUCCUAGUCCUGCCACCUUUGAACGGAUUCGGGAAUAUAAGCCUUACAAAACACGGUUUUAUACGCACCGGGAUAUAUUGGAAAUUGGAGCAGAGCUUCAGCAACAACAACAUGAAAAAAAGGAGUUAGAAAUACAAGAACGGCUUGAAAAACUGAAGAAGGACCUCCGGCUCGCGGCUGAGAUACAAAAAGAAGAUGCACUGGAAAAAGCCCUUGAGGGAGCAGCAGAUGAACACAAUGAAUUUGUAGAAUACCUUAAAAAAAGGCACGAACAGGAAUUAAAGGAAACAGAGUUGCAAACAAGAAAAGUUAUGAAGCAGUAUCUGGAAGAUGAAUUGAAGAGGGAAUCUGAAGCUGCAGAACAGCGCAUGGCUCACAAACUUCAACGCGUCCAGAUGGAAUGUGCUCUGGAAAAGAUGCAAGCUGUAGCUGAAGCCAGAAGACAGGAAAGGGAGUCUGCACUGAAAGAAAUGGCCAAACAGCAAAAAAAGCACAUGGAGCAGCUCCAUGAAGCUAAGAUAUUGGCUAAAGAAGUGUAUCAGAAGAAGUUUGAUCAAUUAACAAAAGAAAAACAGUAUGAAAUGAAUAUUGCUUUGGACAUAUCACAAAAGGAGAAUCAGGAGAACACUGAAAAGCAGCUCAGAGAAGCAAAAGCAGAACAUCAGCUUAAACUAGAAGAAACAAUGCUCGAACAGAAAGAAACAGAAGCUCAAAUACAGACUCUGAACCAACAACUAGAAAACAUGACAGUUUGGAAAAACAGCCUGGAAGCUGAAAUAGCAGACACAAGACAAGCUUUUCAGAAAUAUAUUGAUGUUACGUUUCCUCAGUUGUCUCCAGGACAAGCAGAUUUUAUCCUGCCAUUCCGAAAGACAACUGAUUACACUGAUCAAGAAAAGGGAGCUAAGCCUUGUGACGAAGAAUCUAAGGCCUCUCAUAAGAUGGGUGUAAGAUUUACUGUAACGACAGGGCAGUAUCACAAGUAGGGAAUGAUGAAGAAUAAAGACA